AUGUUGCGAGUAGCCUUUGCUCUGCGGGGCGAGGACUUGCCCGUCUUUGCCAUGGGGGGCUCCUUAAACGACGGGACCCUGUUCUGUCUCUUAACCACCUGGCUGUUGGCCGUGGGGGCAGAGGCAAGAGGUGGAAAGAGGGAGAGGCAGAACAUACUACUAAUCUUGACAGAUGACCAAGAUCUAGUGCUCGGGGGCAUGACUCCCAUGAAGAAGACGCAAGUGUUGAUUGGCCAGUCAGGAGCCUCCUUCACCAAUGCUUUUGCAGUCACCCCGCUGUGCUGUCCCAGCCGCAGCAGCAUCUUGACCGGCUGCUAUCCUCACAACCACCUGGUGAGAAACAAUUCCUUGGAUGGCAACUGUAGCAGUCAGGCCUGGCAGACGUUUCAGGAGCCGUUUACCUUUCCGGUGUAUCUGCAGAAGCAAGGCUACCAAACUUUCUACGCUGGCAAAUAUCUCAAUCAGUAUGGUGACCCCAAAGUAGGAGGUGUUCAGCAUAUCCCUAUGGGCUGGACCUACUGGCUGGGUCUGGUGGGGAAUUCCAAGUAUUAUAACUACACUCUUUCAGCCAAUGGCCACGAGGAGAAGCACGGAGAACACUAUGAAGAAGACUACCUCACCGACCUCCUUACAAACCGGAGCAUGGAAUUCCUGUGCAAACUCUCUCGGCCUCCCUUUCUCAUGGUGUUAGCCCCACCUGCCUCACACUCCCCCUGGACUGCAGCCCCCCACUACAAGUCGGCCUACAGCACCCUCAAAGCACCACGUACUGGAAGCUUCAAUGUCCAUGGGAAGGACAAGCACUGGCUGGUGAGGCAAGCAAAGACUCCUAUGUCAAACAAAUCCAUUGAGUUCCUGGACAAUGUCUACAGGGAACGGUGGCAGACUCUGUUAUCUGUAGAUGACAUGGUGGAGAAGGUGCUGGGCCAGUUGGAGUCUCUUGGCUUGAUGAGUAACACAUACGUGUUCUAUACCUCCGACCACGGUUACCAUGUUGGUCAGUUUUCACUGCCCAUCGACAAGCGGCAGCUUUAUGAGUUUGACAUCCGAGUGCCGUUGCUUGUGCGAGGCCCAGGCAUCAAACCAAAUCAGACCCGCCUGGAGCCCAUUCUCAAUAUCGACCUGGGUCCCACCUUCCUGGACAUUGCAGGAAUCAAUGUAUCUCAGACUCGUAUGGAUGGACAGUCCUUUCUGCCCCUGCUGGUGAACAAGACACACAAUAAUAACUGGCGGUCUGAUUUCCUGGUGGAGUACACUGGAGAGGGCAGUGGUGGAAGAGACCCCACGUGUCCUAAUUUAGGACCAGGGGUAUCGCAAUGCUUUCCUGACUGUGUGUGUGAGGAUGCAUUCAAUAACACUUAUGCCUGUGUACGCACGUUGAGCCACAUCAACUUGCAGUAUUGUGAGUUUGCGGAUACCCAGAAUUUUGUAGAAGUUUAUAAUCUGACGUCAGACCCACAUCAGCUCCUCAAUAUAGCCAAGACUGUGGACCCUUCACUGUUGGAGCAGAUGAACCAAAGGCUGAUCAAGUUCCAGGCUUGCUCCGGGGCUAGCUGCAACUCCUAGGGAACCUCAG